CACCAAGCUAAAGGGACCGCUUGCUCGGCGCAACGAACUUCUGUUCCCUUCUCAGUCCUUCCCGUGCUCUGACUCGCGCCGGCUUUCUGAAAACGCCAUCUGCCAGCACAAUGUCCACCACGGUUACCGAGACGCGCCCCGCGCCGAUCACGGCCGACACGAUCCUCCGCCUGUUCCCUGACAUCGACACGAGCGGCGACGCACUGGAGGGCCACGAUGAGGAACAGAUCCGCUUGAUGGACGAGGUUUGCAUCGUCAUCGACGAGGACGACAAACCAAUCGGGACCGCGAGCAAGAAGCUGUGCCAUCUCAUGACGAACAUCGAGAAGGGCUUGCUCCACCGGGCAUUUUCCGUCUUCCUCUUCAACGACAAGAAUGAACUGCUUCUGCAGCAGCGUGCGUCGGAGAAGAUCACCUUUCCCGACAUGUGGACCAACACUUGCUGCUCGCACCCGCUGAACGUGUCGAACGAGACGGGCUCGAACCUGCCGGACUCCGUCCUUGGCGUCAAGCACGCCGCGCAACGCAAGCUCGAGCACGAGCUCGGUAUCAAGAAGGAGCAGGUGCCGCUGGACAAAUUCCGUUUCCUGACGCGCAUCCACUACAAGGCGCCGAGCAACAGCCAAUGGGGCGAGCACGAGAUCGACUACAUCCUCUUCAUCAAGGCCAAUGUUGACCUCGACAUCAACAAGAACGAGGUGCAGGCGACGCAGUACGUCUCGGCCGACCGUCUAAAGCAGCUGUUCGAGGACCCGAGCCUGAAAUUCACGCCCUGGUUCAAACUCAUCUGCAACUCGAUGCUCUUCGAGUGGUGGGCUCAUCUCGAUUCGGGCCUCGACAAGUACAUGAACGAACCGCAGAUCCGGCGGAUGUGACGGACAAGACGUGGCGCCGGGUGCGGGCGCGGGCGCAGGCGCGGGCGCGGGCGCGGGUGCGGGUGCUCCCACAGCCAGCCGCCCCCGUGCAAUCCUGCCUUGUUGAGUCGUGUUUCCCUUUCGGUUUCAAGUUUUCCAUUUAAUGCCUGAGAUAUCCGCUCCACCUCUGGCGACGCCGAGUUAGGAGCCGCGCAAAAUGAGCAUUUGGCUUCUCUUUUCAGCACCUUGCAUAUCUGCUGGUGGGACUAAUGCGCCAGUGCGUGUUCAAUUGUUCGCAGGUUAACUGGAGUGGAGGCAAGCAAACGGCUACAUCGACGAACGUCUCUGCAACUGUGAUGGGA